AGGAGGCUCCGCGGCAGAGCGGAAGCGGCCCGGCUGGGGACGCGCUGCGGGAACUUUUCUCCUCAGCCGCCGCCGGCCUGUCACUCGCGCGCCGCGCAUGGAGCGGCCCCACGGCGGGGAGGCUGCGGGGGCGCCGAGCCCCGCGGCGGGGUGCUGAGGCGGGGAGACCCCCCCCUCCGUCCCCGGGGGUGGAGCGAGCGGGGUAAAUGCUCUGGCUCCACGAGUCGCUGCGGAGUCACGCCGGAGUCACUCGCGGCUCGUCACGCACCGUCCCCGCGGCAGGAAUGACUGAGGAGACACUUCUUUAAAAUUUGCUUGGCUCUGCACUUCACACAUAGACUUUACACAGAGAUUGAGAAUUGCCUUCCAGCACUUUGUGAACUGGGACACACUUAGAAGAACCUGUAUGGGAUCCUAAGGACUUAACGGAUGGAUGAUGUGCUUACGAUGAUUAAGGUCAACAUGGAUUCGUGGUUCUUUGUCCUCUUGCUUGGAAGUGGCCUGAUGUGUCUAGGUGCGCAUGUCACUACCUCAGUGCCACCGUCCGUAGAGCACACCUCCACCAAGCAUUCCGUGAAAGCCCCUACAUCAGAGCCAGAUGGCAGAAAGGGCACUAAUCCAAACAGUCUGAAUGCUAGCUCUCCAGUGACGGUACCUACCAUGGCGCCUGGGCUUACUACCACGCAAGCCCCAGAGCUCCCUCCGCACAUCACUGUCAGCUUGCCGGGUAAUGAAACCCGUACCAUGAGGACAACUGUGCCUGCACCUGGGUCCACCUCCAGUCCACCCAGCACGACGUCUUCUGCUGCACAAACCGCUUCACAAGACAUAAAGACAGUGCCUGCAAUGGGGAACAUCACUGUGGCAGUAACUUCUCCAGAAACCAUUGUCACUUCAGGUGAGCCGUCAAAAGGCCCAGGUGAUUCUGAUCCGGACAGAAGAGGGUCAGAUCCUGCAGUAAAGGAUUUUUCAAGGAAGAUGAGGGUGCACAGAAUCAUGCCUUUAGAGUGUAAAAUAGGAUAUCAGUUUGGGGCACUCGAUGAGACUCCAAUUAUAGCUGUAAUGGUGGCCCUAUCUUCCCUGCUAGUCAUAGUAUUUAUAAUUAUUGUGCUGUACAUGUUAAGGUUUAAGAAAUACAAGCAAGCUGGGAGCCAUUCCAACUCAUUUCGCUUGUCCAAUGGCCGAACAGAUGACACAGAGCCUCAGAGCAUGCCACUGCUUGCCCGAUCUCCCAGCACCAACAGGAAGUACCCGCCACUACCUGUGGAUAAAUUGGAAGAGGAGAUUAACCGACGAAUGGCAGACGACAAUAAGCUCUUCCGGGAAGAAUUCAACGCUCUCCCAGCAUGCCCCAUCCAGGCCACAUGCGAAGCUGCCUCCAAGGAGGAAAACAAAGAGAAGAACAGAUAUGUGAACAUUUUGCCCUAUGAUCAUUCCAGGGUUCAUCUGACUCCCAUCGAAGGUGUCCCGGAUUCUGAUUACAUUAACGCCUCCUUCAUUAAUGGGUACCAAGAAAAAAACAAGUUUAUUGCUGCACAAGGACCAAAAGAAGAAACAGUGAAUGAUUUCUGGAGAAUGAUUUGGGAGCAGAACACAGCGACAAUAGUCAUGGUGACUAACCUGAAAGAGAGAAAAGAGUGCAAAUGUGCUCAAUACUGGCCAGAUCAGGGCUGCUGGACUUAUGGAAACAUCCGGGUGUCUGUGGAGGAUGUGACUGUCUUGGUUGACUACACAGUGCGAAAGUUCUGCAUUCAACAGGUAGGUGAUGUCACAAACAAAAAGCCUCAGCGCCUGGUGACCCAGUUCCACUUCACCAGUUGGCCUGACUUUGGGGUCCCCUUCACCCCUAUCGGGAUGCUGAAGUUCCUGAAGAAGGUGAAGAUGUGUAACCCCCAGUAUGCAGGAGCGAUAGUCGUUCACUGCAGCGCCGGGGUAGGACGCACAGGCACUUUUAUCGUCAUUGAUGCCAUGCUGGACAUGAUGCAUGCAGAGAGGAAGGUGGAUGUGUACGGUUUUGUGAGCCGGAUCCGGGCUCAGCGCUGCCAGAUGGUACAGACCGAUAUGCAAUAUGUGUUUAUAUACCAAGCACUUCUGGAGCACUAUCUGUAUGGAGACACAGAGCUAGAAGUGACCUCACUAGAGAGCCACCUCCAGAAAAUCUACAACAAAGUGCCCGGGACCAGCAGCAAUGGGUUAGAGGAGGAGUUCAAGAAACUAACUUCAAUCAAAAUCCAGAAUGACAAGAUGAGAACAGGCAACUUGCCGGCAAACAUGAAGAAAAACAGGGUGCUUCAAAUAAUUCCAUAUGAGUUCAAUCGAGUGAUCAUUCCAGUGAAGAGAGGCGAAGAGAACACAGACUAUGUCAAUGCGUCCUUUAUUGAUGGUUAUCGCCAGAAGGACUCAUACAUCGCCAGCCAGGGCCCUCUUCAGCACACAAUAGAGGAUUUCUGGAGGAUGAUCUGGGAGUGGAAAUCCUGCUCUAUAGUUAUGUUAACAGAGCUGGAAGAGAGAGGCCAGGAGAAAUGUGCCCAGUACUGGCCUUCUGAUGGCUCUGUGUCCUAUGGAGACAUCACCAUGGAGCUGAAAAAAGAAGAGGAAUGUGAGAGCUACACAGUGCGGGACCUGCUAGUAACAAACACCAGGGAAAACAAGAGCCGGCAGAUUCGACAGUUCCAUUUCCAUGGCUGGCCGGAAGUUGGAAUCCCUAGCGAUGGGAAAGGAAUGAUCAAUAUCAUUGCAGCUGUGCAGAAACAGCAGCAGCAGUCUGGGAACCAUCCAAUCACUGUGCACUGCAGUGCCGGGGCAGGAAGAACAGGAACCUUUUGUGCACUGAGCACUGUCCUGGAAAGGGUUAAAGCCGAGGGGAUUCUGGACGUCUUUCAGACAGUGAAGAGUUUAAGAUUACAGAGGCCGCAUAUGGUGCAGACACUGGAACAGUACGAAUUCUGCUACAAGGUGGUGCAGGAAUACAUUGACGCCUUCUCAGAUUACGCCAACUUCAAGUGAAAAAACAAAACA